CUGACUCAGCAGCUCGUGCUGGCCCCAGCUCUGCCUGGGCUUAGCAGCGGAAAGAACAACUCCUGCUUCCUCCUGUGGGGGCCCCUGCCCUCAUGCACUGAAGCAUGUGCACACACCCCUUACUCAUCCCUGAGGGUGGGGGUGGGGGCUGAGCCUCCUGUUUCGAGGGGUCACCUUGAGGGCAACUGCUGUUUGUGAAUUGGCUGACCCGUGUGGGCUCCACAGGAGGAAGGGGCUCUGAUCAUCGAAGGACUCCUUAACAUCUCCUGGGGACUCAGACGACCCAUCCGGCUCCAGAUGCAGGAUGAUCGGGAAAGAGUGCACCUGCCCUCCACCUCAUGGAUGCCUGAACGGUCCAGCUACCUCCCAAAGGAUGCUUCACCCCAGGACUGCAAGGUCACUACGGAGGAGCCUAGUACUCAACCUGCAAACAAGGCUGAGAUGUCCAGGGACAGCUCAGGACCCCUGGAGGAGGAAGAGGAGGUCCCACAGCUCAUGCGGACAAAGAGUGAUGCCAGCUGUAUAAUCCAGCGGAGGCCCAGACCCCGGGCACCUGGUGAAGCCCAGAAGAUUCGACGGCACCGGUACUCCAUCAAUGGGCACUUUUAUAACCACAAGACCUCCGUGUUCACUCCUGCCUAUGGGUCCGUGACCAAUGUCCGGGUUAACAGCACCAUGACCACCCAGCAGGUGCUUACCCUGUUACUCAACAAGUUCCGGGUAGAAGAUGGCCCCAGUGAGUUCGCGCUCUACAUUGUCCAUGAGUCUGGGGAGCAGACAAAAUUAAAAGAUUGUGAGUACCCGCUGAUAUCCAGAAUCCUGCAUGGGCCUUGUGAGAAAAUUGUCAAGAUCUUUUUGAUGGAAGCCGACUUGAGUGAGGAAGUGCCCCAUGAUGUGGCCCAAUACAUUAAGUUCGAAAUGCCAGUGCUGGACAGUUUUGUGGAAAAAUUAAAAGAAGAGGAGGAAAGAGAAAUAAUCAAACUGACCAUGAAGUUCCAAGCCUUGCGUCUGACAAUGCUGCAGCGCCUGGAGCAGCUGGUGGAAGCCAAGUAACUAGCCAGUGUUUGCCUUUGGGGAUGCCUGUGGUAGCAAGUGUGCGUGGAGCUCCAGGGACCCAGCCCUAACUGAUUACUGACCAAUGGCUGUUGCCCAAGGAGUACAGUACCUAUGCUUCUUCUAACCUGUCCACAGACUAUGUAGCAUCCUGCAUCUCAAGUCUUGGCACCAUAGUGAGCAUGCACGGGAACACCCAGGAACUUGCUAGCUAGGAUGUAUGUGCAAAGCCUGUCUAGGUAGUAAAGAGCCUUGGAACUGCGGUACCAGCCACAGAGCCUGGUUGAAUAGCAUGCCCAGCCUUGUCCAUGCAUAUUUCCAGCUUGAGAGGGAAGUAUUACACCCAGCCCCUGGAGGAUGGGCUUCAUCUGCUUGCCCAAUGCUUAUCCCAGAGCUUCUGCAUGGCCCAAAGUCCCCGCCCUUAUCAUCCAUGUGAACCAUGAAACCCCCAUCUUCCCUUCCUUCUUAUUGCCACUCAGGAACUCUGCUGGAGCAGGAGCUGCCAACAGUUGUGAGGCAUGUCCUGAUUCUAACCACUGCUUCACCAUGGUGCCCUGGCCUCCAAGCCUCCUUUCAUAGCCAAUAGUCCUGGCCUAGAGGUUAGAUCAGGACUAGGACUAUCAAGAUUCCAUCAGCUCUUAGCAGAAGUCAGCCUUAACUUCUGAGUAUGAUCCAAAGAAAUCCUUGAAAGGAGCUGUCUUCAAGAGAUAUGUCAAUUGAAUCACAUUGCGGAGUUGAUCUGUGUAGCAUUGAAACAAUACUGGCUGGCAGUGGCCCCAGAAGGCAGUGCUCAGUCGUCUUCGCUGCCAUCUUGUGGAAGCCUGUAUGUCUCUUGCCUUCUUUGGGACUGAGCUUCUCUCUAGUGAGUAGGGAUAGCUUUCAAUAUUUCCCAUCAAAGCCUGGCAAUAAGGGAAAAUGUCUGUUUGGGGACAAAAGGCUUCUAAUUCCCCAGGUCAGACACAGAAUACUUUGUUUGCUGACUGAUGGAAAUUUCUGGAAAGAAUGAGAAAACUUCAUUUGUAAAACUAUGCAACCGUUUACAUCAGUCAUGGAAGUGUUUGUCUAACAGAGCAAACUAAAGGCAGCUUCUGCCCCGAGGUCUGCGGACAAUGUAUUUAAAGAGAAGUAUGAUGAAGGCCUGCAAAGAUGGAGUUCCCAUCUUCGAUGCAGUGCACAUGGAAGCUGCUUGUGGAACUCUGAAGAGUGGAGCUUGAGAACAGCUGUGCUGUGUGGAACCAUUGGGCAGGGUAGGUGUCACUGCUGGAUUUCCCAGACCAGCUCUGUCUUCAUGGAGAUACACUUGGCUAAGUUCUCCUGCCUCUCUUCCUUUUGGCACUGUACUUUCUUAGGUGCUUAAUAAAGAUCAUUUGUGUUGAACAGAA